AUGGACAGACGGACACCCCGACAGUCGGACAGCCCCUCGCUCAGGCGGACGGCAGCGGGCCGCGGCAGGACAGACGGACGCCCCAACAGCCGCGGAGCCUCCCGGAAGACGGCGGCGGUGACUCAGGCGGCAGGAAAGGGGGAGCCGGAGGAGCCACCGAGCGAGCCCUGGCAGCCGGGGCGGGAGGACUGGAGCCCCGAGCCCGAGCCUGGUGAGUGCCCUGUCCCCGGGGCCACCUCCCUGUACCCCAGGGCCACCUCCCUGUGUCUUGGGGCCACCUCCCUGUACCCCAGGGCCACCUCCCUCCACCCCGGGGCCACCACCCUGUGCCCCAAUGCCCCCUCCCUGCAUCCCAGUGCCACCUGCCUGCGUCCCAGUGUCACCUCCCUACACCCCAAUGCCACCUCCCUGCACCCCAAUGCCACCUCCCUGCUCCCCGGUGCCACCCUGCGCCCCGUCCCCACAGAGGUCCCCGAGGAGCCGGAGCCACCAACGCUGGACUACAACGAGCAGCUGGAGCGGGAGGACUACGAGGACUUCGAGUACAUCCGGCGGCAGCAGAAACCCCGCAAGCCCCCGAGCAGGAAAAAACCCGAGAGAGUCUGGCCCCAGCCCGAGGAGCCACCGCAGCCGGAGGCGGGCACCAACGAGGACGAUUUCUUCGAUGGGGCUUGGUGCGCUGAGGACGACAGCCGGGCGCACUGGAUCGAGGUGGACACCCGCCGCACCACCAAGUUCACCGGCGUCAUCACCCAGGGCCGCGACUCCCAGAUCCACGAGGACUUUGUCACCAGCUUCUACGUGGGCUUCAGCAAUGACAGCCAGAACUGGGUGAUGUACACCAAUGGCUACGAGGAGAUGAUGUUUUACGGCAACGUGGACAAGGACACGCCAGUGCUGACUGAGUUCCCCGAGCCCAUGGUGGCCCGUUACAUCCGCAUCUACCCCCAGACGUGGAACGGCAGCCUCUGCCUGCGCCUCGAGGUCCUGGGCUGCCCCCUCUCCACCGUCAGCAGCUACUACGCCCAGCAGAACGAGGUGACCUCCACCGACAACCUGGACUUCCGCCACCACACCUACAAGGACAUGAGGCAGCUGAUGAAGGUGGUGAACGAGGAGUGUCCCACCAUCACCCGCAUCUACAACAUCGGCAAGAGCUCGCGGGGGCUGAAGAUCUACGCCAUGGAGAUCUCGGACAACCCAGGCGAGCACGAGACGGGUGAGCCCGAGUUCAGGUACACGGCGGGGCUGCACGGGAACGAAGCGCUGGGCCGGGAGCUGCUGCUCCUGCUGAUGCAGUUCCUGUGCAAGGAGUACCAUGACGGCAACCCCCGGGUGCGGAGCCUGGUGACCGAAACCCGCAUCCACCUCGUGCCCUCCCUCAACCCCGAUGGCUACGAGCUGGCCCGCGAGGCGGGCUCCGAGCUGGGCAACUGGGCGCUGGGCCACUGGACGGAGGAGGGCUACGACCUCUUUGAGAACUUCCCCGACUUGGCUUCGGCGCUGUGGGCGGCCGAGGAGAGGAAGCUGGUGCCCCACAAGUUCCCCAACCACCACAUCCCCAUCCCGGAGCACUACCUGGUUGAGGACGCCACGGUGGCGGUGGAGACGCGGGCUGUCAUGGCAUGGAUGGACAAGAACCCCUUUGUGCUGGGAGCCAACCUGCAGGGUGGGGAGAAGCUGGUAUCCUACCCCUUUGACACGGCCCGGCCCGUCAGCGAGACACCAGCGGCCGCCCCUCGCCCGCCAGACGACUACGAGGACGACAACCCCGAGCUGCAGGAGACGCCCGACCACGCCAUCUUCCGCUGGCUCGCCAUCUCCUACGCCUCGGCCCACCUCACCAUGACCGAGACCUUCCGCGGGGGCUGCCACACGCAGGACAUGACCAACGCCAUGGGCAUCGUGCAGGGGGCCAAGUGGCACCCCCGGGCUGGCACCAUGAAUGACUUCAGCUACCUGCACACCAACUGCCUGGAGCUCUCCGUCUACCUCGGCUGCGACAAGUUCCCCCACGAGAGUGAGCUGCAGCAGGAGUGGGAGAACAACAAGGAGUCGCUGCUCACCUUCAUGGAGCAGGUCCACCGGGGCAUCAAGGGCUUGGUGACGGACCAGCAGGGAGAACCCAUCGCCAACGCCACCAUCGUCGUGGGGGGCAUCAACCACAACAUCAAGACAGCCAGCGGUGGGGACUACUGGCGCAUCCUGAACCCGGGCGAGUACCGCGUCUCGGCUCGGGCCGAGGGCUACAACCCCAGCGUCAAGACCUGCAGCGUCUUCUACGACAUUGGGGCCACCCAGUGCAACUUCGUCCUCUCGCGCUCCAACUGGAAACGCAUCCGGGAGAUCAUGGCCAUGAACGGGAACCGGCCCAUCCGCCGCAUCGUGCCCGGCCGCCCCAUGACGCCCCGCGAACGCAUGCGCCUGCGUAUGCGCCUCCGGCAGCGCAUGCGGCUCCGGCAACAGAUGAGGCUGCGGCGUCUCAAUGCCACCACGGCCGCCAGUGCCCCCACGGCCCCGCCGCCCACCACGGCCCUGCCCUUCCCCUUCAGCAGCACUGCCUACGCGCCCUGGAGCCAAGAGCCACCCACAGCCGGCACCUGGGAGAUGGAGACCGAAACGGAGGUGGUGACUGAGCUGGUGACGGAGACGGAGGCCUGGGAGCUGGGCACGGGGACGGCGCAGCCCUUCACCACGGCCGAGACCUACACCGUGAACUUUGGUGACUAG